AUUUGUGUAUAAAUAAUGCCUACGGCUAUGUAAUUAAACAGUUCGUUCCGAUUAAACCAUUGAAUCCGACUAUCGAUUUAUUUGUUUGUAAUAUUAUAUUUACAAACUAAGAAUAAGCUGAAGAGUUCCGAUUCGAAGCGAAAUCGUUCUUUUACUUCAGCCAUCUCAUUUAAUAAUGAUUGUUACAACCCUUUUGAUAAGGAAUUUGGCGAUAAUAUUUAUCGAAAAAUGGAAGCAUAGGCCUGUCUAUUUUUGAUCAUCUGAAGAAUAACAAAAAUACAUUGAACAGUAGAGCUUGUUAAAUUAUUCAAAAUUAUUGAUUAUUCAUUAAUAAUUACUCUUUUUAUGUGGCCCUUUGAAGUUGUGACACGUGUAUCAUAGCUAAGUUUGAUGUGAUUUCAUAAACUCUCACUAGUUCUUUUCUGUAUUCCCGUUAAUUUAUAUUACGAUGAAUUCCUUUAUCAAGUACAUCCUCUAUUUCUUGUUUGUUCUUUUUCUGUUUUAUUCAUUUAUUCCCACUGUAUCCAGUGAAGAUGCCAAAACUGCAAAAAAAAUUACUAAACUUCAAAUUGGGGUGAAAAAGAGAGUUGAAUCCUGUGAAAUAAAAUCUAGAAAAGGAGAUGUCUUGCAUAUGCAUUAUAAAGGUACACUUGAUGAUGGAACUGAGUUCGACAACAGUUAUAAGAGAGGAGAACCUUUAUCAUUCACCCUUGGAUCUGGACAAGUUAUUAGGGGUUGGGAUCAAGGACUUUUAAAAAUGUGUGAGGGAGAGAAAAGGAAAUUAGUCAUUCCUCCUGACUUAGGAUAUGGAUCAGCUGGUGCUCCACCUACAAUACCAGGAGAUGCUAUAUUAGUUUUUGAAGUGGAAUUAGUGAGAAUCGAACGAAAAUCAGAACUAUGAUUUUUAUAUUGUGAUUAAUUAUUCCUAUUUUUUUACUGUGAUUACUGAAAUCUUAAUUUUGAAUACGUAGAUAUACUUAUUUUGAUAAUGCCAGGCACUUACGCAAACUGAAACAAUAUUUAGUAUUUGCCAUAAUGUUUCUGUAACUAGCUAUAGCUCAAAAUUCACUUUCAACUACUUGCAAGUUGGUGAAAUUAAACCAAUUUUCAUUAAAGUUACAACAGAUUAAAGUUGUAACUUAUUGUAAUACAUUUAGUAGUUAUGAAGUCAUUUGAAUCAAAUUUAAAUUUCAUUUUACUUGGUAGUAAAAUAAGUAAUAUUUAAAGAAAGCUAAGCUUUAACAUUAAAUGGUCUGUAAUUAUUGUGUUCACAAGGGUAUUUAUUCUCUAAGUGAAAAUUGUAUAUCAAAAGCAGUAUCAAAAAUCACUGUAUCAGGGGUGAUUGUGAGCCCAAGUCUAAAUUCCGGAAAAUUUCUUGAGUAAAAAAAAAAAAAAAAAGUUGAAAUCGAAAAAUUAGAAAAAAAUUUAAACAAGGUUUUUUUCCUUUUUCUCAAUAUUUCUUAGUUUACUUAAAAUAUAUUUAAAAUUUUACAGAUACCUAUGAUGACUUGGAGAAGUAAUUCAAAUUUACAAAUAUGUCUUUCUUUCUUGAGUUUAUGAUUAUAAUAACUAUUUACUGAUAAAAAAUGAAUAUUAAUCUUGAAUAAAAGCUUAUAACGUAGCUCUCCUUACAAACAAAUAAAAUAAACUGCGUUUUUAAGUUCCACCUUCGAAAAUUUGAUUUCCGAAAACUUUUGUGAUCAAUGAUUUUUUGAAACAUCUGAACCUUCGCUCUCCGGAAACUUCCGGAUCACGGUUAGCGAAAUAUCCGGAAAUCCGGAUUUUUUCCGGAGCACAAUCAGCCCUGCUGUAUGGAGUUAUUUUGAAGAGGUGAAAUCAUUGUUACCCAAAGCCCUUCAAAUAUCCAUCUUUUGUAAAAUGAAACUAAUUCUGUUUUUUUUUUUAAAUUUCAGUGUAAUUACUACUUCCCCAGUAAUUGAAACAUUAAAAGCUAUUUAAGAGUGGCAUAAAAGUUGAAUUAAAACAAUUAUUAAUAGCAGAAAAGAUUGUGUGAAAAAUACAUGAUAGUAUCUUAUUUUAUGCAUUACAAAGCGAUGUGUGCAGUAAAAAGAAAACAACAUUAGUAUUAAAAUAAUAUUUACAGCAUGCAGUCCUAAAAUUGGCUCACUUUCGCAGUCGGUAAACAUAAUAACUUAUAAGAUAAAACAAUAAACUGAAAUGCAGAAUUUCAUACUUUAAACGUAUUCUGUUUAUUCAUAGUAUAUUUUUUACUAUUUUCGUGCAAUUACUCUAUUUCUGAUAUAAAUGUUUACCAGCAAGUAAUAUUUCCUCCAUUCUUCAAUAUUUUAGCUUAAUAGAAGAUCAUGUGAUGUGAAUCAUUCCAAAACUUAUUAAUUUUUCAAUUUAAUUUUAUUUUUCCAUUUUAUUGUUUAAUGAAUUUAUCUGUCAAAUUGUAGUCCUCACACUUUAUUGUUGUUUCCACUUUGAAAUGCAUAUCUAAAAAAGUGUCUCCCAUUUCAUUCCAAUCUGUAAAAAUUAUCUUUUACUAUCAAAUUACUUAAUAUGCAUUUUCCAACUUCUUGUAUUGUUGUAUAGCUUUUCAAAUAAUUAUGAACUAUUGUUUGUCAAUUUCUUUUAUUUUAUAAAGCUAAUUCAAUUUAAUCCGAAAUUUAUUGAAUGAGAACAAUAUUUAAUAUUAGCCUCAAAUUACAUUUCUUUUUUAUUAUUUAUUUGUGAUCAUAUUUAAUUGCAUGCAACUUGAAUAACAUUAAUAUAUUUAUUUCUUUAGAUUUGUCUUUCCUUUUUUUGUUACUUAUUUAGAAAUAUUUUUAUUCAAUAAGUAAAUUAAUUACUACAUAAAUUUCAUUUAUGUUUGCAUCGUUAAACGACGAAAGAUACGUAAAAAUAUCAUUUUAAGCACUGAAUUUUGUAAAACUUAAAUACAGCCAUUUGCUCUUUAGAAAUGUAAGAUCAAAAUGUUAUUUAUUGAAAUCUACUUAUUAUUUCUUUUAAUGGAAGUCAAUAAAACAUUUUAUAUGUGUGUUGUCACACUAUUUCUGAAUUUCUUUUUUAGUGUUGAUGCGUCAUAUCCAUUUAUAUAAUGUCAUCUUAUUUUUAGUAAUAUUUUGAAUACAGCUUAUAAAUUUUAAUUUUGUUAGACUUAAUAAUUAUGUUUCAUUUUUUAAAACAUAAAAGAAUUAAAUAAGAUUAAGGCAAAAUGUGCAGAGAAGCUAGUUGAGAUCAUGAAGCAAUCUUAACUUAUUUAAAUUUAUUACUAUCUGUACUUUUUCGUAUUGUAAUACGAAAAAGUUCAUAUGUUAAUAAAGCAAAAAAUGGCACAUUCUCUGUUGCAAGGGUGACAUUAAGAAAUAAAAAUAUAUUUCUUUUA